GUCAAGAUGAGAAUAAUUGGAUCAGAGAGAAAGGAAUCUUAGGUAAGCAUGAUUUUGCAUUAAUUUUAAUGACAAAUUUCCAACAAGAAACUCUACAAAAAUUUAGUUGUGAUAAAAUUUGUGUGAAUGGUGCUCAUGGAACAAAUGCAUGA